AUGGUGAUUAGUGGUGGUGGUGGGGUGUCACAGUGUGAGCUUUCUGAAGAAGAAAAGGCUUUGAUUGAGCCAAUGAAAGCUGUUGCCAGGGAACCAGAUGCCAUGAGCGGGCCACUCCAGCCGGGUAAGAAUACAAUCCAUGAUUAUUUGAACUGGACACCCCAAGAAAAAUCCCUGAUCAGCUGGUCCCAGGAUGGGACACAAAUUAAACGGGUAUCCCUUCCUAAAACUUACAGUACCCGAAAGGGGGCCUUAAUUCUUUACUCAGAAGACUUUGCAGAACCAUCAUGGAAACAAGAAGAAAAGAAAAAAGGACCCCGUCCCUACCGUCACCAAAAGAAGAAGUCAGGUUUUGCGUUGCACACACUAAAAGACCUGACAGCUGCCAUAUUGGCAUAUGGGAGUGAUGGGAAGGAUCAGAAGGACCAAGGUUGGCAACCAUACUUACAUUUCCUAAGUAAGCCGCAUAGCCAGGCUGAACAACAGAUCCGUCCGGGCUAUUCAGCCAAGAGGUACUUCCUCAGCCUCUUUAAAAAUUGGACUCCGGGCACUUUGUACAAGCUCCAGUGUUCAGGGUAUAUCAGGGACCCUAGGUUGUUCCAGGAUAACCAUCUUUACUUGCCAAAUCACAUCAGAAGGCAACAGGAUCUCUCAGCUGUACCAUCAAAAUACCAUCUCCUGCCUGUUUACCCUUCAGUCUCUCCUUUCUGGAUUCAGAAAAAACAACUGGCUGAUGAAGAUGGAAGUGACCUUGAUAGUGAGGAAUCUGAGAAUAGUGAUGUGGAAAAGGAAGAUUCCAGAGUUGAGAAACACUGGGAGGAAAAGGUUCCACUACCACCGCUGAAACAGAAGCCUCCAGGGAGAACUACUCAGCUGAAUGAUGAAGCCCUUAUGGAGGACAUGUGGAUGGAGGAGCAACAAGGAACACAAGCUUUAAAAACAAACCAGAGACAACAUGGAAAGUCCCACUCGCCUUUGGGGACUGACUUUGUGUUUGAUGACACUGAAACUUCUCAGAUUCUGAGUGAAAGAUCCCAUAGCACAUUCUAUGGAGGCAACUUCCCAGACAGGAAGACAUACCUCAGUGGGAAUGUGAAGAACUCCAAAAGCAGACAUCAAAUGUUUCUAGAACCUCCAAGUGAAAAAUGUUUUUUACCACCUGUUCAAUCCACUAUGAACUCAGAGUCAAGUACACCUAAAAAAGUAAAGAAAAAAAAGAUGUCAAAGAGUUUGAAAUUGCCUUCUAUCACAGAAGAACUACCCAGAACCCAGGAUCUCCUGAAGAAUUCCUUUAAUGACUAUAGCAUCCCAGAGGAGUUGCUCAUCCUUCCAGUGGAGGUUCAUUUAUGUGCUGAGCACCAGCUCAAAGAGAGAGAGAGAGGGCAAAAAGAAGAAUCUUGGAACACUGAAUGCAGACCCCAGGCUGAUGCAGAAGGAAGAUCUUUUCCAAGACAGUCUCUGAAGCAAGCCUGCUAUUCUCAGCAACCAGUGACUAUACAACUCCCAAGGGACGCAGGUAAUGAUUUUUCUCAGUCACAUGGAAUUACUCAAGAAAUAAGAAAUAUAGGGACAAAGAGUAACAAGAUUCAGCAGAAAACAUCUGAUUCCAGAAAUCCCAAAAACUUGAUGGAUGAUGGAAUUAGUGACCUUCUGGAAGAUUUCACAGGGAGUUCACAGGACCCAGCACUUGGAAACAUCUUGAUGGGGCCUGCUGAAGAUAUUGUUUGCCAGCCUUUCUUGGGUUCUGGCCAAAGCAUGGACCUCCCUCUUCAGCUUGACUUUGCAUCAGGUGAAGCUCAUCAAUUUGGAGAUUCAAAUACCUAUAUUGGUGAAGAGUGCUCAAGUGAUAAAGUCAGGAAAGGAAAUACUGAUUCAGAAACGAGUCUUCAAUCAAAUAUCUGUGAAAACUUAUCAUUGACCCCAGAGCCAGCAGAGAAGGAAAUUAAAAAAGGACAAGAAUACCAGAGAAGACAAUCAAGAACCAUCAUAGAAAACCAACAGCAAGAUCUCGGAAAUAGAGGCUCUGGGCUGAAAGCUGGGAUACAGGCUGAAAAGUCAAGUUCAGAAUCUCAUGUAUUUCCAGAACACUCAGAACCGGGACAAACACAAGAUAGACAUGCUCCCUUGCACCUGGAGCUACCAGUACAAUCUUUUUCUGACACUGAAACAGAGAAGUCCAAGCCUCAGGGUGAUGGAAGUCCAAGAAAAGAAGUAGAGAAGCAGAGGGAUAGAACCUCUGGAUCACUUGGCACUUCAAUGUUGAAAAACAACCUGAGCUCUUCGACAGAAAGCAUCAAAGAAUUACCUCUAGGAAAUGGUCCAGUGCCACCAAAGACGGUGAGAACAAAGAAGCAAUCUCUCUCAAGAAGUAGAAAAGGGAAGGAUGUGCCCCCAAAACUCGGCAAGCUGGCUGCAGAAAACAUCCAUUCUGAGAAACAGUUGCCUGAGAAAACCAAAAGGAGGAAAAAAAAUGACGUAAACAAGCCUAAGGCUUCUCUUAAUGUUGGCAAAGGUGAAAAGCCCCAAAACAAAACAGAGUUUGUUGGAGGAAAGCCAAAGAAACAAAAAACUGAAAAGAAGACAUCCAAGAAAAAAAUAUCAAGAGCCAAGAGGAAAGAGACAGAGCAAAAGGAAACUUCUCUGAGGAUAGAAUCAGAGUCAAAUUACCCUUCAUCCCCAGAAGAUGUAUCUGAUGAAGAAUGUUCUUUCUCAAGCUACAAUUCACAAGAAUUUAUGCUUCCUCCAAAAUUCCAAACUCCUGAAAGUCAAGUUUCCAGAGAUAAUAGAUUAUCUCCUGUCCAGACAGUUAUUGUCAAAGAAAAUGUAGAUUCUGAAGAGGAUAAAAGUGCUGAUACUUCCAAGGCACCCUCUGUCAACCAGCAGCAGGAGAAAGUGCCCAGGGAAAGGAUCCUGGCAGAAAGGGCAGAGAUGAGGCUCCGAGAGGUGGAACGGAAAAGGCAGCAGAAGGAGGAGAAGAAAAGGCAACUGCAGGAAGAGGAACAGAGGCUCGAGAAGAUAAAGGAGGAGCUUGAGCAAGAGCAGCAGCGGAAAGCUGAGGAGAAGCGCUUACAGAAAGAGAAGCUGGAAGAAGAAAAGAGACAGCAGGAGGAGGAGGAAAGGAGGUUGCAGCAAGAGCGAGCAGCUGAGGUUCGUGCCAAGCAGCAGCAGGAGGAGUUCCGCAAGAAGAUGCAGGAGAUGCAGAGGAAAAAGCAGGAGGAGGAAGCCAGAAGGGCAGAGGCAGAGAAGCAAAGGCAAAAGGAGUUGGAAAGGCAACUUGAGGAAGAACAGCAAAGGUUGAUCAAAAUAGCCAACGAGGAGCAAUGGGAGUGCCAGCGGAGGAGGAAAGAGGAAGAAGAGAAGGCCAGAUGCGAUGCUGAGGCAAAAAAGCAGAGGGAAGAGGAAGAGGCUAGAUUGGCUAUGGAGGAGGUCAAGAAAAAAGCCAAGCAACUUGAAAGGGAGAAGAUGGCUCUGGAGGCACACCAGCUUUUCAAGAGAGAGCUAUUGAGGGAAGUCAAUGAACUGAAGCAUAUCCAGAGCAUUUCCCGACCAUGGGUCUACUCUUAUUUCCAGCUACUACAAAAACCUGGUUCUGAGGUUGUUACCAAAGAGAAAUGAAAAGUAAGUUGGGAUGUGGGAAGUCGAAGUUGGGCUCUGAAGCACGAGUUCCAAGUCAAGUGGCCUGGCCCAGUCAGGCUCAAUUCAUUCAAAACCUCCUGCAUAAACUGCACAGUGGCAGAUAAAAGUUUAUAUAUAAUGAACAGUCUUUGCCCUCACUGAGCUCAUGGUUUACUAAAGAGAUAUGAUAUACAAGUAUGGUACAAAUAAUCCAUAAGAUUGAGACAGCAAGCUCUUUGGAACUAAUAAGCUCCUCACUUCUAGGUAGAUCUGGAACUCUGGAGAGCUGUGCUCAUCAAUGGAUUAUGCAUCCUUGUUAAUGUCUAUAUGAAAUUUUGCUGUUAAUACAUCAAAGGUUUUUGCUGGUU